ACUCGCGAAACCCCAUCGAACGGCCUGUACGAAGUGAUGCAGAAGCAUGCUGACAGAGUAGUCACUCUCUGAUAAGGGGGCUUUCCCAAACGUCGCGUUUCCGACGCUAUGCAGUUUAACCAUUAGAAAUUUAAGAUAUAUUUAAGAACUGUUAGUUGUUUUAGAUAGUUUAUUGCAUUGCCGAGACAUGCUCGUGUUGUUGACCCUGUUGGCGGCAAGUUUGACAGGUUUCAUAAUGUGCUUCGAUUCGCACUUAAGGGGACCUUCGUUCGUGAUGGAGCCUCCGCCGCGAUUAGAAUUUUCCAAUUCCAGCGGAGGCUGGCUGGAUUGUUCUGCGUCCGGCAGCCCCCAGCCCUCGAUCGAUUGGUUAAGCGUCGACGGCACGUCGGUGGGCGACGUUUCGGGAAUUAGGAGAGUCCUCAGGAACGGCACUUUGUUCUUGCAACCUUUCGCCGCAGCCGCGUAUAGGCAAGAUAUUCACAGCACCGUAUAUCGAUGCGUUGCCUCUAACACCGUAGGAAGAAUUAUCAGCAGGGAUGUACAAGUGAGGGCUGUGGUUACACAAUCAUUUAAAGUCGAUGUUGAAGUUAUUGGUGCUGCGAGAGGUUGUACCGCCGUACUGAAAUGCAUGGUGCCAAAUUUUGUUAAGGACCUAGUUAGGAUAAUUUCAUGGGUACAAGAACCAUCGUUUUUCAUCUACCCUUCGUUGCAAGGUGAUGGGAAAUUUCACCAACUGCCAUCGGGAGAACUCCUCAUUCACAACCUCGAAUUUAGCGAUCAAUUUCCGACUUAUCGAUGCCGCACGAUGCACAGGCUGAGUCGGCAAGUGGUGGUGAGCAGUCCUGCCAACGUUAGAAUUACCGAGCAUAGAGGAAUCGUUACUCCUGUGAUAGUAGAAAGUUCCGGAACUGUGACCGUGGCUCAAGAUGAAGGCGCGGCACUGAUUUGUAUAGCUCAAGGUUGUCCAUCGCCUGAAUACAGAUGGUACAAUCAGGCAGGUCUGGAGCCCAGUUUGAUAAUACCAGGGCCAAGAACAAGACAGCUGGGGCCAGUGCUUGCCAUCGAAGCUGUCACAGCCGAGGAUGGUGGCGUUUACAGAUGUUCGGCGACGAACGCGGGCGGCGAGGCCACAGCCGAAAUGCGCCUAAUAGUUUCCACCCCAUUGCACGUGGAGAUUUCACCCCCCUUGCUCAGCGUUCACAUGGGCGGCAGCGCGGAAUACAGAUGCGUCGUAUCUGCCCAAAGCGGCGGCCCACAUCUCGUGACGUGGUACAAAGAUGGACGCCAACUGCCAAGUACGGGAAGGGGAUCAAGCGAAACGUUGAUCGUCAACAACGUGGGCAGGGAGGACAGGGGCAUGUACCAGUGUGUGGUUAGACGAGCGGAGGGGGAUACUGCGCAGGCUGCUGCUGAGUUGCAGCUCGGAGAUGCUCCUCCAGUGUUGCUGUACAGCUUCAUCGAGCAAACCCUGCAGCCAGGUCCAGCGGUGUCCCUAAAGUGUAGUGCAUCCGGCAACCCUACACCUCAAAUAUCUUGGUUGCUAGAUGGUUUCUCCUUACCAAGUCACGGAAGAUUCGUAAUCGGGCAAUACGUCACAGUUCAUGGAGACGUCAUCAGUCACGUGAAUAUCAGUCACGUAAUGGUAGAAGAUGGCGGCGAAUACACUUGCACUGCCGAAAACAGGGCGGGAAAAAGUUCGCAUUCGGCAAGGCUAAACGUUUACGGCCUUCCCUACAUACGACUCAUUCCCAAAGUGACAGCGGUCGCCGGAGAGGAGCUCAAACUUAAGUGUCCGGUGGCGGGGUAUCCCAUAGAGGAAAUCCAUUGGGAACGGAGCGGUAGCGAGCUGCCCAACGGAUUGAGACAAAAAGUGCUACCAGACGGUACCCUGAUCAUCAAUCCGGUACAGAAGAAAGAAGAUUCGGGGGUGUACACUUGUUGGGCGAGGAACAAGCAGGGCCACAGCGCCAGACGUAGCGGCGAAGUCAGCGUUAUCGUUCCUCCAAAAAUAAGUCCGUUCUACUCGGUCAAUACCCUCCACGUGGGGGACCGGGCCAGCCUCACUUGUUCGGUAACUAAGGGCGAUCUCCCGCUCACGAUAUCGUGGCGGAAAGACGGUCGCUCACUAGAGGCCGGUCACACGGUAUCCAUCACACAGGUGGAUCAGUUUACGAGCAUACUAGUGAUCGAGAGUCUGUCGCCCGAACACAACGGCAACUACUCGUGCGUGGUACGCAAUCUAGCGGCCGAAGUGGCUCACACGCAGCUGCUGGUAGUCAACGUUCCCCCUAUCAUUGAGCCCUUUUCCUUUCAAGACGGGCUGAGCGAGGGCAUGCGCACGCGCACGGUCUGCGGAGUAAGCUCGGGCGACCCGCCACUGGUGGUGUCCUGGCUAAAGGACGGCCAGCCGUUGUCGCCCCAGCUGGGCGUCAACGUUUCGGCCCUCGAUCCUUACUCUAGCCUCCUCAGCAUUUCUAACCUAGACUCGAGACAUUCGGGAGAUUUCACGUGCGUCGCGAGCAAUCCAGCCUCAGAGGUCAGAUACACGGCAAAGCUACAGGUCAAAGUGCCGCCGCGCUGGCUAGUGGAACCGGUCGAUGUCAGCGUAGAAAGGAACAGGCACGUAGCUCUCCAUUGCCAGGCGCAAGGCGUCCCCACUCCGACGGUCAUCUGGAAGAAAGCCACAGGCAGUAAGUCCGGCGACUACGACGAAGUGCGCGAUCACAUGUAUACCAAACUCCUCGGGAACGGCACGCUUCUGCUACAACACGUGAAAGAAGAUCGAGAGGGUUACUAUCUCUGUCAAGCCGAAAAUGGUAUUGGGACCGGCAUCGGAAAGGUCAUUCAGCUCAGGGUCAAUUCGUCGCCGUACUUUUCUGCCCGCUCACGUAUGGUGACCGUUAAAAAGGGGGAUAGUGCUAUUCUGCACUGCGAUGUCAACGGUGACAAGCCAAUUAGCGUUAUAUGGUUGAGGGGUGGCAAAACCGAAAUGAAUCCCUCCACCAACUACAGGGUUAACGUGAAACAGGAUGUCACUCCGGAUGGGGUUGCUGGCGAACUUCAAAUAUUAAACGCUGACGCCUCAGACAGUGGCGCGUAUUUCUGCCAGGCCAGCAACAUGUACGGGCGUGAUCAGCAGUUGGUUCAACUGCUGGUACAAGAACCUCCGGUUCCUCCACAGAACGUCGAGGUGCCAACCAAAACGAGCACGUCCGUGAACUUAAAAUGGUCCCAUAAAUCGGGAGAUUCCAACGAAGUGUUCAAAUUUAUCGUAGAGUUCAAAGAGAUGGAAAGAGCGUGGCGCCAAAUCGAGCUCACCGAAACACCACUGCCUUAUUCUGCCACCGUAGAGGACUUAAAACCGGCCACCAAAUACGCGUUUAGGGUGAUAGCUGAGGGUCCGGCUGGUAGGAGUCUUCCCAGCGACGAGGUCCUGAUUCGUACAGCGUCGGAAAAGCCAGCAGGACCACCGCUGAAUCCUGCCGCACGACCGAUAUCGUCGACGGAGAUUCUGGUCACGUGGCAACCUCCUUUAAUCGAAAUGAGACACGGGGACAUUCAGGGAUUUAACGUUGGCUACAAGUCGGUGACAAUGGGAGCAUACAAUUUUACCUCCGUCGCGGGAGACGGUGAGGAUGGGGGUGAGGUGUUGCUGAGUUCGCUAGCCAAAUUCACGAGAUACACGAUCGUGAUUCAGGCCUACAAUGAGGUCGGCGCCGGACCACUGUCGGAAACUGUCACCGCACAAACUAUGGAGGACGUGCCCAGCAUGCCACCCGAAGAUGUCAGAUGCGCCGCUUUGACCUCUCAGUCACUCCAAGUAAGUUGGCAGCCGCCGCCGACCGAACAUUGCAACGGUCUUCUACAAGGUUACAAACUCACCUACGAACCGGUGAUAGAUGAGAACUGGAAAGGUAACGAUGAAAUCGAGACAAGGAAAACUACCGCGCUCACCACCGUCAUCACCGGACUGCGAAAGUUCACCAACUACAGCUUGCAAGUGCUCGCCUUCACCAAAGUCGGCGACGGGGUGUUUACGGUACCGUCCUACUGUCAGACUGAGGAAGACGUUCCCGGCGCUCCCGCAGAUAUUAAAGUGGCGGUAAGUUCGCCGCAAUCUAUCAAAGUGUCGUGGUUACCGCCCCAUGAACCCAACGGCAUCGUUUCCAAAUAUAACCUCUACAGACGAAGCACCGACGGAAGGCAAGAAGUGGACAACGGGAAGCAAAUUAUCUCCGCGCACAACACAGUUUUCGAAGUCAAAGGAGUCCAGCAGCAUAUCGAAUAUCAGUUUUGGGUCACCGCGUCCACCAGGAUAGGCGAGGGUCAAAGUUCGAAGGUCGUUAACCAGGUCGUAACGGCCCGAGUGCCGGCGAGGAUAACGACAUUCGGGGGAUUAAUCGUACGCCCCUGGCGGACGUCUGUGGCCUUCAGUUGCGAGGCCGUCGGAUCUCCCAGGAGGGAAUGGCUGCGCAGUGAACAGAUUUUAAAGGGCGGCGCGAGCCACAAUCAGCAGCUGCUCGAUACUGGGGAGCUCAUUCUGUCAAACCUGCAACUAUCAGACGUCGGCAAUUACACGUGCCAAGUGGACAACGGCCACGGUUCAGACAGGAUCACCUACCACCUAAUAGUCCAGGUCCCUCCGUCUGCGCCACUGCUCUACGUCACUUCGGCCACGAGCAGCAGCAUCCUGCUACACUGGAAACCGGGCAGCAACGGCGGCGCUCAUAUCAGCGGAUUUACGCUGAACUACAGGAAAGAACAUGGAAAUUUAGAUGAAAUCCACUUAUCGAGACAUGCUACGAGUUAUGAACUGAAAGGCCUAUCUUGCGGAACGACCUACCACCUCUACUUGACAGCUCACAACAAAAUCGGUAGCUCGCCGGCAAGCCACCCUCUACAGGCUCGAACUCAGGGACACCCUCCAGGCGUACCGCCAGCCGUCUCGUUCAUCAAUCCCAAUUCUACGUCCGUAACGCUGAGGCUCCACGUCUGGCCAGACAAUGGAUGUCCAAUACUGUAUUUUAUACUGCAGUAUAGAAAGGCUAGCGAAUCCCAAUGGACGUUAGUUUCCAAUGCCCUGAAGCCGCAAAGAAGAACGUCCAUCGCCGGCCUUACGUCAGCCACCAAAUAUGUGGUCAAGCUGGAAGCUCAUAAUGUUGCUGGAUUUUCUACAGAAGAAUUCGCCUUUACCACCUUAACCAAAGAUGGAGACGUUCCGCCACCAGAUUUGAUAAGACAAGGAUCCGACGGCGUACCGUUCUACGCGGACCUGAAAGUGAUGAUCCCGCUAAUCAUUUUGAUCGGAUUGGUUAAAGUCUGUUUGGUCGCCACCAUCGUGUGUUUCAAACGACGUCGGAACGAAGCGGACAAGGAACAGUUGGACAACCAGCAGAACGCCGAAGCCCAGAGGGAACGAUACUACGCCACCAUUCACAAGGUGGCGCUACAAGCAGGCGAGAAAAUACCCGAAACGUCGGAAGACAUAUCGCCGUACGCGACGUUCCAGCUUUCCGAGCCUAGCACGCUGCCCUGCCCCCAGAACACUAUGCUGCACAGUUUUAUGUACCACGAGCACCCUGUAACCGAAGGCUGCGCGUCUCCGCCGCCCGCUACAUCUUCAGUACAACGAAACUCACCUUACUAUAAUAUUCAAAAAUUUCAAAGUACAAAAGGCCAUGGUCGGAGAAGAGUGAAUCGUAAAAAUGAGAUUGACAGCGACGAAAGUGAGUCGGAUCAGGAUCAACUGACGUCAAGCCGAACGGAGUCUUCCAAUCAGUUAGAUAUCAAACACAAAGCUAAUUUUGUGUACCACGGAGCUCAGUCGAGCACCUCGUCAGACAUAUCGCCAAUGUCGGAACAAAAAUCUCUGCCUCGGAGAAACCGCAAUAGGUGGCUGGCACAAGGAGGUCGCAGCAAUUCGCAGCGACAGAUCCUCAGUCACCUGUCGGUCGCUGAAACGAGUUUCAAUAACGAAGGCCGACAGUCCGAGCAGGGCGGAACUCCCGACAGGAUCGAACUCUCCGAGGCGGAGUGCGACAUCGAUACGCUGAAAAAGCUGAAACUCGGACUGAGGUCGUCGCUGUGGUCGCGACCCGCCGGGAAUCAGGGCGCGAACCCGCAGUCGGACUAUUCUAUUGCCGUUUGAAAUGGUCUGCCAACAACGUUUACAUAAAAAAAAAACAAAAGUCAAAUUGUUUCGAAUCAAAAUUUUAUACGAAAUCAAAAAAAUAGAUAUUAUGUUUGUUAUAUGUUUAUAAACCGAGAAAUUUUUGGAGCCAUUUUGUAAAUUAUACAAAUCGUAUUAUUUCCGUAUAAGACUUCUAGCAUAACGAUAAGUGACUCAAUGUACCAAAGGAAUAAAUCGAAAGAAAACGCAAAACUCUGUCUCUCUCCCCCAAGUUAACUGUAAACGGUGACGUGUAUAAUAGUUUGUCUUCAAAAUAAAUCAUCA